AUUUGCUCGAACUCCACUCACAAUACACAAAUCAAAGAAACUUUAACUUCAAAUCGAAGAACUCCCUUAGCUAAACCUAGCUUUCCCCUCUCCGUCAACGGGCUCCUUCUUCUCUCCGCCGCUAACAGAAUCAACCCGCGAAGCUGAUAGAAUGGCCAACCUUGUUAGGUUCAGCUCCUCCGUCCCCUCCUUCGUCGCUAAGGACACCCGCGGUUGGCUCCUCGACCCUAUCUCGCUAGCUCGAGCUUCUGGCAUUUUAGGUGGAGCUCUCACUUGUGCUUCGGUUCAUAUAGGAGAGAUUCGGCCUGGCAGGUUGAGAGGGAAUCAUAGGCAUCAUGAUUGCAAUGAGACAUUUGUCCUUUGGGGUGCCCUAAUCAAAUUUAGGGAUGUAUGGUGUGGCCCUGGAAUUGGAUUCGCAUCAGAUCAUGCUUCUGCUUCUGUGAAUUGUGUGGUGGCAAGGAAGAAUGCUUCUUCAAGAAGGAGCCUUGAUGCUGUUGAGAGAGCAACACAUAGGGAAAAGAGUUCCGAGCAGCUAGUCAAAAACUUGGUGAUGGCGUGGGUGUAAAGUCUUUAAUGCAAAGCACGGGACUUUGAAUGAUUGCUGGCCAGGCAGUUUCUGCUUUUAAUUAUGAGUGUUUUUUAAUCUAGUGUUAAGUUCUAAGCAUUUUUAGGGGCUAAUAGUUUCUUCUAUUUAUGUCCAUAUAGAACAAUUCAAUGUAUCAAAUCUCCAAAGUCAAUCUCAUUUAUAAUUGAAUUUGGUAUAAUAAAGCUGAUUCACUUCUUCUAACAUUAUAUGAUGUCUUAAUUUUUUGAUAAUUUUUUACCUCUCCUCUGGUUAAUGCUUAUCUUGUUUCUCUAUUGAAAAUUAAGUAUAAAAUGCAUGGCUAAGUCAUUCUGUGUACUUGAAAAGGGUUAUCAUUCUGUGUACUUAGCCAAUAAAUGAACCGUUAUCAUUCUGUGUUGUGUUCUACCUCUUUUAGUACAUUAAUAAAUCAAUGUAACUGGAGAGAGUAUUAAAAUAUUUUUGUUUUCUAAUCUGUGGAUUCUUGUCUUUUUACUAUGAAGAAUAAAUGUUAUUCUAUUUGGAUACGUAAUGCAAAUAUUUUUU